AUGCCUGGCCUCGGAAAUCCGGGGGAGUUUUUGCGGCAUGCUUUACUUGACACUGUGGUUCCACAUGCACAAACGGUCGACAUCGAAAAGCUCUUGACCUCGGCGCUGGAGAACGGGGCAGAUGAUCUGCCCUCCGUACUUUCUUCUAUAACUCAAAGAGCCUUGCUGUUCUUCGACGAGUCACUCCCUGUUCGCAUUGUUUUGCGGCUUUCCGAUUGCACGGAUUACUUUCUCAAGCAUUAUUUACCGCGCCUCGAAGUUCGUCUAGAUGUGUUCGCGGUCGACCCGGCCGAGACAGUGGCAGACAAUCCGUCCCAGGCGAGAGAGGUCAUUUUUUCUGGAUCUGUCAACUCACAAGAAGAGCCAUUGGUGAUUUUUAAUGAGUUUGACGGCGAUGAAGGGACCGGGAACCAUGUGUAUCUUAUCUGGAAUAUGGAAGCGUUUUUGAAGCGCCCCCGAAAUCGUAUUUCGAAUCCAUCGCUUUUAUUUAUCGCAUCGGCGAGUCUCAAUCCUACGGAAGCCACCCGCCAAGACUAUCCAGAUGACGAUUACCUACCCUCUCUCGUGCCUGCUUCAACAAAUGUGUUUCAGUCCCUAUCGGGGGAUAAGAUGCUCGCCCACAAGGAGCCAUUUCUUCCUGCAUCAAGGCUAUUGCGUGUCGUACCCGUGACAGCGUCCGAUGAUCCUAUCUACAACAUCCAGCAGCAACAUGGCCGACCGUUCCGCGUCGUGCCUGCCGCAAGUGCCAGGAUUCGAUAUUCUCGGUUGAAUUCUUACAGCGGUCUUCCAACGACUGUGGCAAGUCUUGAUUUCGAAGUGACGCCCUAUUUGACCUGCGAUGUUAUCUUCGACCAAGUAGACAUUCGCUUGUCCGAGGGCACACUUGAGAACCUAUCGGCCGUACAAGGCCUUGAGCUUCCAUUGACCUGCCGGCCUCGAGAUGAUGUGACGCUUAUGUAUAAACUCACUCCAGAGUACGGACCCGAAACCAAUCCUUCAUCAACUGCCAUGAUGAGCAUGCUGGACAUCUCACUAGGUGCAGUCAUUCUUCUGUCCGACGAUUGCAAACCUCGAAUCUCGAUGCAAUGGCGGACGAAUGUCGACUUUUCACUGCCAUUAAACCCCGUCUUUGGGGGUCCAAGCCAGGCACUGCAGAGAAGUAACCGGCCCACUAGCCUCUCUAUGCCCCAAGCUCAUUCGCAGAUGGGCCCUCAUCUGAACAAUCGCCCCUCGCUUCGAGAGCGAGCGUACUCCGUCACCGGCGUAGGAGUAACCGUUUCCUUCUCUGGACCCCUGCGCGUUCAAGUCGGAUCGCCCUUUUCGUGGAAUGUCUUUAUCGUCAAUCGAUCAAACAUGCCGCGAAAGUUCGCGCUGAUUGCAAUCCCUCGACGGAAACGUGUCGACCCAAGAGGCCAUGUCGCGCGGCCGUCAUCAUCCUCGAUUACGAGUCGAAAGGCAGAUACCGUGGCAGAGGCCGUCACGGAUGACAACAUUGUGCAUGCGAAGCAGAAGGCUGUCAUGGGCCAAGAGGCGGAGUUGAUCAGUUUGAGCACUGACAUUCGUAUCGGCCCGCUCUUGCCCGGCACCUGCCAUUCUACGGAGCUAAGGCUUUUGCCUCUCGCGACCGGUCCUCUCCAUUUGGAGGCGGUACGCUUGGUCGAUGUGAAUACGAACGAGACGACCGACAUUCGAGAUCUGCCGGAUAUUCUCGCUGACGACCAACCCCAAAUAUCUGCGUGA